CUUUAUAAAUUAUAUGAAAACAUGGCUCCACUAAAGUUACAUGGACCCAUUCGCAUGCGCAGCCUACAAACUGGGACCACAAAAUGGAAAGAAGGGACGUUUGAAGUUGUGGAUAGUGACAGCAAAGUGACACUGGUGGUUCGCUACAGUGCUGGAGGAAUUCCAAAGAUAUUUCUGCUAAACCAUAAUAUUAAAAAUGUAGUGGUACGACCAAAUAGAGGGAAAUUAAGUUGCUUGAUGGUAACGCUGAAGGAUUCCAGUUUCUUGACAGUGGAUAAAAUACCAUCGAAAGAUGCAAAUGAAAUGAGGCUGUAUUUGGAGGCUGUUCAAAACAAGUUUCAUACAGCUGCGAAAUCUACCCAAGGAUCCAGCAGUUUUGGAGGCAUCUUGGGUAAUAGAACCACUCAGAAGGAUUCUAACAGGCAGCUUCAAUACAUUGAAAACCAGACUCCUCCCAAAAAGGCAGUUAUAGAAAAUAAGGAUGAAACUCCACUUCGUAAGGUGCUUGCCAGCCCAGGAAGAUCAGCUAUUAAGAAUUCUGCAGGAACUGGGAUGUCUGGCAACAGAGUUAACGUGGUGGCUACUCCUGCAGCUUCAACACCUCACAGAAGUGGGUUGUUGGAAAAUCGUGAAAGAAGGAAAAGGGCACAGCCUCCUUCAGAAAUAAACGAAGAUUACCCUAAAGAGAAUGAUUCAUCAAGCAAUAACAAAGCUAUGACUGAUCCAGCACGGAAAUUUUUAUGUAGUAGCAGAGAAAAGCAGCUGAACUUGAAACAGGCCGAGGAGAACAGAACUUCAGGAGUUUUGCCUUUACAGACCUCCUCAUUUUAUGGUAGUAGAUCAUCCACAAAGGACUAUUCAGCUAGUAAUUCUAAUCUGGACAGGUUUAAUGUGGUGAAUCAGACUCCUUCUGCCAAAAGAAGCUUGGGGUUUCUCUCUCAGCCAGCCCCUCUCUCUGUUAAAAAAAUGAGAUCAAAUCAGGAUUAUAUGGGAUGGAACAAGCCACGAGUCCCUCUUUCCAGUCACCCACAACAGCAGCUGCAAGGAUUUACAAACCUGGGAAAUACCUGUUACAUGAACGCUAUUUUACAAUCCCUGUUUUCAAUUCAGUCAUUUGCUAAUGAUCUUUUGAAGCAAAAUAUCCCCUGGAAAAAAAUUCCAUUCAAUGCACUUAUCAGACGUUUUGCUCAUCUGCUUGCUAAAAAGGAUAUUUGUAGCCCUGAGAUGAAGAAAGAUUUACUCAAGAAAGUAAAAAACGCAAUUUCAGCCACUGCUGAGAGAUUCUCUGGUUACAUGCAAAAUGAUGCCCAUGAAUUUUUAAGUCAGUGCUUGGAUCAGCUGAAGGAAGACAUGGAGAAGCUGAACAAAACUUGGAGGAGUGAGCCAGUUUCAGGUGAAGACAGCUCAGUGGGACGGGUGUCUGAUGACUUAACAGCUACCAAAGUUUAUACUUGUCCAGUUAUUACAAACUUGGAGUUUGAGGUUCAACAUUCUAUCAUAUGUAAAAUGUGCGGUGAAACCGUCACCAAACGGGAACAGUUUAAUGACCUUUCCAUUGACAUACCACGAAGGAAAAAGCUUCUUCCAUCUCGUUCAAUCCAGGAUUCAUUGGAUCUUUUUUUCAGGGCAGAAGAGAUAGAAUACUCCUGUGAGAAGUGCAAUGGGAAAUCAGCUCUCGUUACACACAAAUUCAGUCGGUUUCCCAGGGUCUUGAUUCUUCAUUUGAAACGAUACAGCUUCAAUGUAGCUCUCUCUCUCAAUCACAAAGUUGGACAGCAAGUGAUCAUACCAAGAUUUUUAACCCUACAGUCUCACUCUACAGAAAGCACAAGGCCCCCACUCAUUCUUGGGUGGAGCGCACACUCUGCAAUUUCUCGGCCAUUGAAAGUAUCCCAAAUGGUGAAUUCCUGUUCUGUAAGCACUUCCACACCCUGUCGGAAGUACUCAUUCAAGUUUAAAGGCCCCAUUCUAAAUGCUGUGGACUCAGACAGUGAAGAUGAACCAUUGAAACGCCCUGUUGCAAACAGCCCAAAACAGUAUGAUUUCCCAAACAGAGAACAUCAACGAGAGGAACCAGAGAAAGGUUCAAAGAAAAGUAAAACAGAGAACGAUAAAACUUCAGAGCUGGUGAAUGCUGGAUUUGAUGGGAUGAAUGAGGAUGAGCUUUUUGCUGCAGUCCUGGAAAUUAGUAAGAGGGAAGCAUCACUGUCACUGAGCCAUGAUGAAGACAAACCAACAAAUAGUCCGGAUACUGGCUUUGGAGAUGAUGAAAUGCAGGAGUUGCCAGAGAAUCUGGAACCCAUGGAUGUGGAGAAGCCCAAAACAGCUACAGACUCAGGAUUUUCCAACUUCACUGAGGUAACUAAAGAUUUUGAUGAGAACAAGGAAAAUAAAACCCCGGAAGGUACUCAGGGGGAGGUCGAUUGGCUGCAGCAGUAUGACAUGGAGCGAGAGAGAGAGGAACAGGAGCUACAGCAAGCUUUGGCUCAGAGCCUGCAAGAACAAGAGGCGCGGGAACAAAAAGAAGAUGAUGACCUUAAGCGAGCCACUGAAUUAAGUCUACAAGAGUUUAACAGCUCUCUUCUGGAAAGCAUUGGCUCUGAUGAGGACUCGGGGAAUGAGGAGGUCUUAGAUAUGGAGUACUCAGAGGUGGAGGCUGAAGAACUGAAAAGAAAUGCUGAGACAGGAGAGCUUCCUAAUUCAUAUCGUCUUAUUAGUGUUGUCAGCCAUAUUGGAGAUUCAUCCUCCUCAGGUCACUAUAUUAGUGAUGUAUAUGACAUCCGCAAACAGGCAUGGUUCACAUACAAUGACCUGGAAGUAUCCAGAACUCAAGAGGCCUCUGUGCAGAGUGACAGGGACCGGAGUGGUUAUAUCUUCUUCUAUAUGCACAAGGAGAUAUUUGACGAAUUGCUAGAAACAGAAAAGAGUAUUCAACUGCCCUGCAUGGAGUUGGGAAAGCCAGUUCGGCAACCCCUGUGAAGAAUGUUCCCUCUAUCCUGAGCACAAGGGAUUCUGAACUUGCAGGAGCCACAAACCCCAAAAACACAGGGUACAACUGAGACAAACACCUCGGAAUAGGAGGAAUGGACUGUUCCGCACCUGUCUUUGAACUUCAUCUGUGCAGUUUAAG